GGUCGAUUGUACUUCUGGUGACGUGCUUCCUGUCUGAAAAAUUCCUUCAUCUUUCCGGAGCCACCCCGUCUUCUUCAUUUUCGAACCCUCGGAGACUCUGGUCCUCCUUCUUCCUCUGGUUAUUUGGGGAGAUCAGUUCUAAUUUGAUAGCUGGAUCUACCUAAUCCAGAACCUUCACGGCGGAAGGAAGAGGCUGAGAUACUGCGCUUCGUUUUUUUUUUUUUGUGAUGGAUGGGAACAAAGAUGAAGCGCGGAAAUGCUUGCGGAUCGGGAAGGAAGCUCUGGAUUUGGGUGAUAAGUCUCGCGCAAUCAAAUUCCUUAUUAAAGCGCGUCGUUUAGAUCCUACCCUCGCCAUCGACGAUCUCGUCUCCUCUGCUAGCGGAGCUGCGGCAGGCUUUGCUGAUGAUGCCGGCGAUGCUACUAGUAACGAAUCCCAAAAAAGACUGGAAAAAGCCGCACCGGCUGUUUCAUCUUCUGCCAAUUUAAGGUCUAGGGUUAGGUCGUCGAUGCCUUCCGAUAAUGGGUCAUCGGCAGCUUAUACGGAGGAACAGAUCGCGAUUGUCAGGCAGAUUAAAAAGAAGAAGGAUUACUACGAGAUUUUGGGACUAGAGCGGAGCUGCACCGUGGAAGAUGUGCGCAAGGCAUAUCGGAAGCUUUCCUUGAAGGUUCACCCGGAUAAGAAUAAAGCGCCUGGUGCGGAGGAAGCGUUUAAGGUUGUUUCUAAAGCUUUCCAGUGCCUUAGCAAUGAAGAAAGCAGGAAAAGUUAUGAUGUUUCUGGGACGGAUGAUCCUGCUCCUGUGAGGAGGCGCCAUCAUUCUCAUGAAUAUGGCUUUAAUGGUUUCUAUGAUGCUGAUGUUGAUGCGGAUGAGAUUUUUAGGAACUUCUUCUUUGGUGGGAGGCAUCCGGCAACCACCUCUUUUGGUGCGUUUCAGUUUAGAACUGGUGGCAUGGGUGGGAAUGGUGGCCAUGGGGUGCAAGGUUCUCGUAGUUUUGACUUGCGUGCUCUCAUACAGAUCCUGCCUAUCAUUGUACUGCUACUGUUCAACUUCCUUCCCUCCUCCGAUCCUCUUUAUACAUUCAGCCGGUCCUACCCAUACGAGCACAAGGUUUUGACAUCAAAGGGUGCACCCUUUUAUGUGAAAUCUGCAAAGUUUGAGCAAGAUUACCCUUAUCAAAGUUCUGCAAGGAUUGCAUUGGAGACCCGCAUUGAGAGGGAAUAUGUUGGUCUGCUUGCACAGAACUGUCGGCUUGAGUUACAGCGGCAGCACUGGGGUUUCCAGCACCAGAAGCCUUACUGUGACAUGCUUCAGAAGUUCCAGGAAGGAGAAGCUGCUUGAGACCUUCUAAUGAGGCCAUAUAUCUCUACCAUGAGUGGACAUUCUAGCUGAUAAAGUGACAGCAGCAGUUUUUCCUUCCGAUGAGGAAUUCAUGGUGUUUUGAGUUAUUGGAUUCCAAGAUUCUAAUUGUUGCUGUAUUCAUCAAAAUUUUCAUCAUACUAUAUCAGAAACCAUACUCUGUAACACACUGAGGCUGUAGCAGUGGAGUUAUCAGUGUAUGAUACACCAUAUAGUUGGAGAUGUGCAGAGCUUGAUUUAUCCAUUUUGAUUUUACUUAAUAGUAUUAUACAUAAGAAUAAUUGUCUUUUGAUUGCAGUCUCCUUUCAAUAAACUUGGAAAAUUGAAUCAUUUACCUGCAGAGUAGAUGUUCUGCUACCUUCUGGGCUUGGAUUCAGUUAUUCAUUGUACUGUAAUAGGGAUACAUAGAAUUUCUAGUUGUGAUUAUCAGCUAUAUUGUACGCUAACUAAUAUGAUUUUCUGCUUGAUGAGUGUAGCAGUAAUUGCAGUC